AUUUUUUUGAAAAUCCUCGCUUAUAAAAAAAGUAACAGAGAAAAGAUAUCAAUUCUUUUUUCAUAAUCCCCUCCUUUCCUUCAUGUCAGCAUCUGUUGUCAAGCAAAGUGUUGCCAGCAAAGAUAUUCAGCCAAGACAAAAGAGAUUCAAAGUAGGAAAAGCAUGCUUUACUUGUCGAGAGAAGAAGAUCAAGUGCGAUGGAGUUCAGCCUUGUAUGCAGUGUAAAGCAAGAAAACGACCUUGCACAUUUUCCAAAGAUGGAAUGUUAGAUAAUAGUGACCAUAUUGCAGACGAAGGAGAAAAGAGUGACCAUGUUAAGAAGAAGAUAAAGACAAAGAAUAGCAGCAGCAAUCAUAGCAGCCAUAGCAACGAUAGCAACCUUAGCCAUGGCAACAGCAGAAGCAGUAAUGCGAGCACUAGUACCAGCAGUAGUAGUAGUAGUAACAGUAGCGCUAGUAGAAGGAAAGGCAGCAAUGAUGAUAAUAAUAAUUCUAUCGAUAAUCCAACAGAGAAACAAAAGACAGUUGACAUAUUGGAUAAAUUAGCUAACCUGCUACCAGGUGAAGGGAAAGAAGGAAAGUGGGAGAUUGAUGAUGGCCAUUUGAAACUAAGAGGACAUCAUUUUUAUUAUAAUAAUCCUGCAGAAACAAAUGAUGAUAUAAUAGAAAUGCCUGAUAGAACAGUACAAAAAGAAUUAAUCAACUUGUAUUUUAAUCAUGGAUAUUCUGUAUUCCCUAUUCUUCCAAGGAAAUUGUUUUUGAAGCAAUUUGAGAUGGAAACAGAUCAAGAACUGAUGCAGCCAUUAUUAUUAUUUGUCCUAUUUGCAUUUGGAGCACAGUAUAAAGGAAAAAAUAGUACGGAGACUGCAGACAUCUACUUUAAGCAAGCAAAGCAGUUAUUGGACAAGGCAUUAAACUAUCCAAGGCCAAGUACAAUCAUUGCAUUAGCCUUGAUGAGCUUAUAUGAUGGAAACUUUUUUGAUAGCAGAAAAAAGAUAUACAGUUCAAUCGCAUUUCAAAUGUGCUUUGAUCUAAACCUGAUGAAGGAUUACAGUGGAGAUUAUAUUAUCGAAGAGGAAAACAACAUUGAGAUACUUGAAUUAAGGAAAAGAAUCUGCUGGGGAUGUUACUAUCUAGACAAGAUAAUACAUAUUCAAUCAGGCCAGCCUUGGAUGAUUCGAUCAAAAGACAUUGAAUUGGAUAUGCCACUGCUACAGCCAGGGGAUGAUAUCACUGAGCAUGAAAUACUGGAAGUGUUUGUCUCUAGUAUGAAAUUGAUGCAGAUUGGUGAAAGGCUGAUACAGAAUGAUCAACAUAUUAUUAUUGAUAAUAUACAUAAUGAACUAUUGCAUUAUCUAAGAUCAUUACCACCUCACUUACAAUGGACGACUACUCAAUCUAUUAUACCACCUAUCCCACCACCUCAUUCACCGAGAAACUCAAUGGUCUGUCAAUUGCAUAUACUCUAUAACUUGAUUGAAUUGAUCAUAUUGAAGCCUUAUUCAACGAGCUACAAGCAGAGAAUUAUCACAGUCUCAACCAAUCUGAUAAGACUUAUCACACUGUUAACAGAGAAGCCAAAGUGGAUCUUGAAUUAUCAUUUUAUACUAUCCACUUUGAUUGAAUCCAUCAAAAUUCUGUUAAAAUACUCUGCUUGUGAAGUAUUGACGAUUGCAAGGCAUUCGAGAUAUAUGUUUCAGCAAUCCAUUCAGUUACUACAAUUAUUUUUGUAUGCAAGGAAUAGUUUAUAUGCCACUAUUAAUGAGUUUGCUACCAAGCUGGAUGCACUCCUACUCUCUACCAAUGCCAAUAAUCUCAAUCAACAUCCAUUACAGCAACAGCAACAACAACAUCAGCAUCAGCAACAGCAAAGUCAGCAAGACAUUUAUGAUUUAUUAAACCCAUUUAUAUUACAUGAUAAUAAUACGCCAUGGUCUAUUGAUUUCUCAACUAUCAAGACCAAAUCCUACACGACCCCUUCUGUUACUGCACCAUCUUUUACUCCACAUCAUGAUCACUUAUUCCAUACCUCUUGGAGAGCCGCAAUGACCAUUCCUGAUAGAAUUCAUUAUCCAUUUGCAAAACUUCAUCUCGACUUUAAGCCUACUGCCACUACGCCUACACCUACGCCUACGACAACGACAACAACACCAAAUAGUAAUAAUACUAGCAGUAGUAAUACUAAUACUAAUAAUAACUAUGCCCAACAUCAUGACCUAUCAACAGAUCAACUUGCCGCUCUGGUUGCUCAAAUACAAGAAUCAAGCGAAAAAGAUAAUGGCAGUUCAGCUAGCAAUACCAGUACUCCCAAUAACGAUGAUUUAUUGUUCACUCUACUAUCUGACACACGUCAAAAAGAUCAUCACCCACAUAGACAAUCAUUUUCUCAUCCUUACAUGAACGUUGGUCUUGGCAUCUAUGCUUCUGCCCAUCAACACCAUAACGAUGUCAUUCGUCAACAUAUGCCUGAUUCUUCAACUAGACCUGUCUUGCUAAGUCAUCAAGGUCAAGCCAUUGUAACAAAUACAAAUGAUAAUAAAAAUAAGUGUUGAAUUAUUUUCUUUUCCUUUUUUUUUUUU